AUGAAAGCUAGAUAUUUAACAUUUUUCUCCUACAUAGGUACAAAAUUUAGGUCAUCUGAGAAAAUUUGGCUUAAAGACGGACUCAACUAUCCCGAUCCUCAGAGCAUUCAAGGGUUAAUGGAAAUAGCCUUAGUAAAAUAUAGACCUUUAAAUUACCCUAAAGUAGUUUUAUCAAGCCGCACAGAUGGUGGAGUACAUGCACUUAAUGCAAGUGCACACUUUGACUUAGAGAGGCCGGGUGAUAAAAUAUAUGACACAGCGUACAUAGUGAAUCAUAUAAAUAAUUUUUUUUCCAAUAAUCAAAUCAGUAUUUUUGUUAAAAAAUGCAUUCGGGUUAAUGAUGAUUUUAAUGCAAGAUUUAAAGCAAUUUCAAGAACAUAUUUGUACAGAUUAGCUGUACUUAAACCUGAAAUUGAAGUAGAUGAAAAUGCAUUUAGCAUGCUAUCAUACAUACCUAUAGAAGAAUGGAAGAGGUGUGACUUUGCGAGAUUGAAAGAUUUUGACAUAGAGAAGUUCAAGGAAGGUGCUCAAUAUCUAGUGGGCUAUCACGACUUCACGACAUUCAAGAAGUUUGACAAAUUAAAGCAGAACAAGCACAAUCGCCGUGAAAUCAAGUCCAUAGACAUCAGACCGGGACGACCUUGUGUUACGAGCGUUACAAAAGAGGAAAAUAAGUAUUUUGAUUACUGGAAUAUAACAAUAAAAGGAAGAGGAUUUGUACAUAAUCAGAUACGUCGUAUGAUAGGGACUCUCAAAUGCGUCGCUAUAGGAAAGUUACAACCGCAUGAUGUAAAACUGAUGCUGCAAAUACCCUCCAAGCACUCCUGGCACACUUUCAUACAGUGUUCAGCUCCAGACGGCUUGUAUCUUAUCGACGUAGAGUAUAACCCUGAAGACUUACUCUACGAACCGAAUAGGAAAAUCAAACUCAAUUUAGAAAAUGAAAAUGAGCUUCUUGAAUGAACUAAAGAAACAAAAAGAACGACUGAAAGGAACGGAAACGAUUGUUACGCGAGCUGAUGGCGUCAAAUUUGUCGAAAAUUCUGGAAU